AUGGCGACAAUUAGCCCUAAUAUAUGGAUUGCUGCUUCUGACGGCAACGUAGAAAUUGUGUUGAAACAUUUACAAAAUGGUGUAUCUCCAAAUCAAGCCGAUGACAAUGGAUAUACAGCUAUGCAUGCAGCUGCAUCUUAUGGUCACCGCGACUUACUAGAAAUCCUCGUCAAGCAUGGGGGAGAUGCUAAUGUAAAGGAUCAGGAUGGAGAGACACCCUUGUUUGUUUGCGAAAAGAUAGAAGUUGCUCAGGACUUGAUCGAAAAAUACAAAGCGGAUGCUUGUGCUAAAAGCAACGAUGGCUUGAUUGCCGCACAAGUCGUUGAAGAAAACGGAGAGUUUCCCGAGCUGGCCUCCUACCUAUACACGUUUAGUGAUUUGGAGCCUAAUAAUGGCAAUAUGCCAAAAGAUACGAAACUAGAGUAUGCCCAAUACGUAACUCCUCAGGAAAUGGAUGAGGCUGCUGGACAACCUUUACUCGACCAACACCGAAAAGAAGAAAUCGAUCGAAUUCUGGCUCUUAAGGAAAGCGGCGUCGACAUUGAUGAUCAAUUACGCCAAGUCCUUCAAGGAGCUUUCUCUGAACAUUUCGAAAGAAAUGUUCGUGCUCGUGAGCAAUAG